AUGAUUUCGAAAAGUGAUGACUAUGACCUUGAGUCUCGGGGCUAUUCUCGCGAAAUGCCCCGGCAGUUCUCCGUCUUCAGCCUUGUGGCACUUUCAUUCAGCUUGACCUGUACCUGGUCAGGCACCGGCUCUUCGCUGGGUGUGGCAGUUCAAGAGGCAUCUGCUGCCGGUGCCAUCUGGUCUAUCCCGGUCGCGGGAGCCAUGACAGCUAUUUUAUCCGCCGGUGUUGCUGAGCUGGCAUCGGCCUUUCCAGUCGCGGGUGCCCAGUACUACUGGACGUUCUGUCUUUCGUCCAAGGAGUACCGCUCCUUUGCAUCAUACAUAAAUGGAUGGCUCAGCAUACUGGGAUGGUGGCUGGCAAGUGCGUCCGCCUGCAAUUUUAUAGCAUCGCUCCUCCUUUCGAUUGCUUUCUUGUGGUAUCCUGACUACGAAGCACAAAGCUGGCAUCAGUGGCUGGUAUAUGUUGGAAUUGUUUGGUUAGCCGUGGCGUUGAAUACUUUUGGGUCUCAAAUCUUGCCAUUGUUUAAUCGAUUCAACUUCAUCGUUGCUUGCUGUACACUGACAGCAACUACUAUCACCCUGUUUGUCUGCAGUCGAAACGAUCACGCUCCAGCUACUUGGGUGUUCGGCGACACGACCAAUGGCACCGGAUGGCCGAGCGAUGGACUGGCAUUUGUUCUUGCCAUCAGCAACUCCGUAUACGCCUUUCUUGGGACAGACUGCGGCGCACAUCUCUGCGAAGAGAUUCGAGAUCCUGCAAAAAACACUCCCAAGAUCAUAUUGCUGCCUAUCCUGAUUGGUCUUGGAACUGCAUGGCCAUUCGCUUGUGCGUGUAUGUAUGCUAUCACAGAUGUCCAAGCCGUGUUAGAUACACCCUCUGGUAUUCCUCUGAUUGAGAUUUACUAUCAGAGCACCAAGUCAAAAGGUGCAUCUUCGGUUCUGCUGGCUUUGUUUGCAUUUUGCUUUUUUGGUUGCACUGUUGCGAAUGGCACUACAUGUUCGAGAACCAUAUGGGCCAUAUCCCGCGACGGUGCACUGCCAUUCAGUGGUAUCUGGUCCAGGGUCAACCCUAGAUUCAAGAUUCCGCUCAAUGCACUAUGUCUCUCCGCCACUGUCAUUUCGUUAUACGGUCUCAUAUUCCUAGGGUCCACGACCGCUUUCUCAGCAAUGGUUGGAGCAGCAGUAAUCUUCCUACAAACAUCAUGUGCCCUGCCGCAAGCAAUUGUGCUUUGGCGUGGUAGAGAUAAAGUUCUCCCAGAGCGAGCAUUUUCACUUGGUAAAUUCGGCCCGGCUAUCAAUUUCAUCUCAGUGAUGUGGGUCCUGUUUCUGGACAUCAUCUUCUUCCUGCCUACCGAAAGACCAGUCACCAAGGAGAAUAUGAACUAUGUCUCCGUUGUGUCUGUUGGAUUGACCCUCUUUGUCCUUGGACUAUACUUUUUCUCGAAGAGAGGGCAGUUCAAUGGACCCCGGGUUUUGGAAGCCCAUGCCGAUAUGAUUGAGGCCAUUCCCGCCGAAGAAGAGACAGCCGAUCCAAAUAUCAGCAAUAACAAUUGGGAGAAGCAGAAGUGA